AUGUCGCGUCCAAUCAUUCUUUCCGGCCCCAGUGGAUCUGGUAAAUCGACUAUUCUGAAGAAACUGCUGGAGGAGUUUCCAGACAAGUUUGGGUUUUCGGUGUCUUCGACGACGCGUAAACCCAGAGCGGGCGAGGUGCCAGGUGUGCACUACAACUUCGUUACGGUCCCGGAGUUCCAGCGGAUGAUCAAGGACGAGGAAUUCGUCGAAUGGGCCCAGUUCUCGGGCAACUACUACGGCACAACUCUGGCCUCUGUCAAGGAAGUGACAGAGUCUGGCAAAACGUGCAUCUUGGACAUCGACAUGCAGGGUGUCCAGGCGAUCAAAAAGAAGGCCAACUUCAACGCGCGCUACUUGUUCGUGGCCCCACCUUCGAUCGAAAGUCUUCGGGAAAGACUCACUGGCCGCGGUAGUGAGACUCCUGAGUCGCUACAGAAGAGGCUUGACGCCGCUACUGCUGAGAUGGCGUAUGCCGAGUCUGGAGCUCACGACCAAAUUAUCGUGAAUGAUGUUGUCGAGGACGCCUACAAGCAACUGAAGGCGUUCAUCUUCUCCGAGUAA